AUGAUAACGAAAUCGAAGCAGGCGAUGGUGCUUUGGCUUGAGGGUUUCCGAGAAGCUUGUUCUCUUCACCGUGUUGUUAUUCUCUGUCUCAGGUCAAGGAAGCUCCUACUACGAACGGGACAGUGUUUUAUCUUGAAUGGUUUGAUUUUCUUAGGAAGUCUAGGUUUGUUCAACUUGUUUAUUGAUCCAGCCCUUCAGUGGAUAUUACCUGAUCACUGCUCUCCUCUCAUUUCUCAACAACUUUGCUCGUAUGGGAGACCUUAUGCCAUCCUUCGUGGUGCGCUUUUGCAGCUAUUUUAUGUAUUCUGGUUCUAUCCUCUCUACGUCUUCAGCUUCAUCUUGAGUAACAUAUGGUAUAACGAUAUUUCAAAGUAUGGUUUCGAGGCAAUCGAGAAAUCUGACUUAAGUUCAUCAGAAGCAUUAAGACAUGAUGAAGCUCUGGAUUCAGUGAACACAGAAAAUGCUGAAAGGCCUUCUGGUCUUGGACGGGUGAUGAUCGGUAUAGGAGAGCAGGUGUACUCGAUACUACUCCUGACUUUUUUUCUCCUGGAGGUUUAUGCUGUUGGCCUUAUACCAUACAUCGGAAAGAUACUGAAUUUCUUACUUCUUUCAUGGAUGUAUGCCUACUAUUGUUAUGAAUAUAAGUGGAAUUUCUCAAGGAUUCCUCUGAAGAAAAGGCUGGAUUUCUUUGAAUCUAACUGGGCAUUCUUUACUGGUUUUGGAAGCCCUUGCGUCUUGGCCAUUUUCUUUCUCUCUCCUCUCGUGAGCGGAGCGCUUAUGGCGAUCCUGUUUCCAUUGCUACAGGAUCAGGACCUGAAAAGUAUAUUCUGGCCCCAAAAGAAACGUGGAAAUGUACAGGAUGCUGGCGUUGUCCAUGUUUCGGUUGGAGAAGACUGGCUGAAGCUGAAAGUUUACUGCUGCAUCUCUCAAAUCUUUGGAGGUUUGUCAGAAGGUGGUCACAUACUUAUGGUUUGA